GUGACGCAAACAGAGUACGCUUUAAUGGCGUCAGACGUACGCUGUGUUGUAAACGGUAGAGCGACGGAAGAAGGAUGAGAAAGCUCUAGCGUAUAUGUUUGUUUUGUUUUGUUUUUUUUCUCAUCGGUGUAAAGUAAAUCCGUCUUCAUCCUUUUUUAAACGCUUCGCUUCUAAAAAGAAAACAUCCGGAGCAUAAAGUCGACAUUUUAGUCUUCGUGUCGAGCCCGAAAUUGUGACGGUGCGACGCUCGGAAUGUUAGAAAACAAAUGGUGAAAAAUACUGGGAUCAUUAUUGAAGGGGCAUUAGCUUAGCAUUAGCUUAGCGUUAGCUUAGCAUUAGCUUAGCGUUAGCUUAGCGUUAGCUUAGCAUUAGCUUAGCAUUAGCACAGCUGUGAAGAGAGACAGAGAGAGAGAGAGAAACAGACAGAAACACAGGCACAUAUUACAGUCUUCGCGUAUUGUUGUUAUUCCUAUAUACACUUUUUUUUUAUAUUUUUUUGUCCAUCUAAAUAAAUAAAUCAUUCAUUUUUCUUGCUACCGCUAGCUGUUUUGCUAGCUUUGUGAUUUAGUUAUUAUUUUACGAUGGAAUUGAGAGUCGGGAACAGAUACAGGCUCGGGAGGAAAAUCGGUUCGGGUUCCUUUGGAGACAUUUACUUGGGCACGGACAUCUCGGUGGGCGAAGAAGUCGCCAUCAAGCUAGAAUGCGUGAAGACGAAACACCCCCAGUUGCACAUCGAGAGCAAAAUCUACAAGAUGAUGCAAGGAGGAGUGGGGAUCCCGACAAUUAAAUGGUGCGGAGCUGAAGGAGAUUACAACGUGAUGGUGAUGGAGCUCCUUGGCCCCAGUCUGGAGGAUCUGUUCAACUUCUGCUCCCGCAAAUUCAGCCUCAAGACUGUUCUACUGCUGGCUGACCAGAUGAUCAGCCGUAUCGAAUACAUCCACUCGAAGAACUUCAUCCACAGAGACGUGAAGCCCGAUAACUUCCUCAUGGGCCUGGGGAAGAAAGGCAACCUCGUUUACAUCAUCGACUUCGGCCUGGCCAAGAAGUACAGAGACGCUCGGACGCACCAGCACAUACCAUACCGAGAGAACAAGAACCUCACCGGCACGGCCCGCUACGCCUCCAUCAACACACAUCUUGGCAUAGAGCAGAGCAGAAGAGACGACCUGGAGUCGCUCGGCUACGUGCUUAUGUACUUCAACCUCGGUUCUCUGCCCUGGCAAGGACUCAAGGCCGCAACCAAGAGGCAGAAAUACGAGCGGAUCAGCGAGAAGAAGAUGUCCACGCCCAUCGAAGUGCUGUGCAAAGGAUACCCGUCCGAGUUCGCCACGUACCUCAACUUCUGCCGCUCCUUACGCUUCGAUGACAAGCCCGACUACUCCUACCUGCGACAGCUCUUCAGGAACCUCUUCCACAGACAGGGAUUCUCCUACGACUACGUCUUCGACUGGAACAUGCUGAAGUUUGGAGCCAACAGAGCGGCAGAGGACGCCGAGAGGGAGAGGAGGGACCGAGAGGAGCGCCUGAGACACAGCAGGAAUCCGGCGGCCAGAGGAAUGCCGUCAGCCUCCAGCAGACCCAGAGGAACGCAGGACGUAGCACCACCCGCUCCGCUCACACCCACCUCACACACAGGAAUGGAGCGUGAGAGGAAGGUCAGCAUGCGGUUACACCGCGGCGCUCCGGUGAACAUCUCCUCCUCUGACCUGACCGGCCGACAGGACACCUCACGAAUGUCCACAUCACAGGCUCUGUCCCGCGUCACUCCGAGCGGCCUGCAGUCUGCUGUUCCUCGAUGAGCGUCUGCGCAGCCGCAGUCACCCUGAGCAAAUCAAAGCCACACACAGACUCGACCUUUUCUUUUAUUUUCCUCAACACACUAACACAAACUGUCACUGAUGGAGACGGAGACACACACACACACACACACACUCUCUCACAGUCGCACUCGAAUCAAACAGCCGAGGCGUGUCGUCUCCACGUGUUUCUUCACUCUGUUUUACUCAGCCCUCCGGAGUGGGUGGGGCUUUGGCUGAAGGGGGAGGGUUCUAGGCGGAGCCAUCAUGAGCAAAAAAAAUCCCACAAACCCACUCGGCUUCAGACGGAGCCGUACUCACUGAUAGCCAUCGAUUUUGUUUCUCUGAACUGUUUAUGAUUUUAAAUUUUUUAAUCCUUUAUAUAUAUAUUAUUUUUUUUCCUCUCGUUUAUUAACGAAGAUUAAACUCCACCAGCCGCAGGUGUGCCGAUUCGCGUGAGACGACGUUUCGAAACGUUCUCACGAAACGAUCCAGGUGGACGAAAUCGUAGACGACAGAAAGCAUUAAUUACGUUUUUUUUUUUUCCUUUCUUUCGUUUUCUAAAGUGUAAUCGUUUUUUUUUUUUUCUUCGUGCAAACUUCGAGCUGUUGAUUACGUUUUUGAGACUUUAGGUCAGAUCUGUGGUGGGGAAUAAACCAGCGUUUGACUUGAUUAUAGACGUUUAUUUGUUGUGAGACGUGAAUAAAUUGAUCACAUCGCAGUCGCACCGGAAUUCAUUGACGUUUUGUGUCCGUCGUCGUCAUCUUUUUAUUUUAUUUCAUUUUAUUUUUCCUUUCCCUUCCCUCCUCCUUGCAUUCCCAGAAGCUGUGAAGUUCACAUUGCUGCAGUUCUCUCUCUCUCUCUCUCUCUCUCUCUCUCUCUUUCUUUCUUUCUCUCUCUCUCACAUGGACGUGUGUUAAGUUUGGGAUCCGUGUCCACGUUGCGUGUUUGUCGUGUUAAAGGACUAUAGCAUGUUGAUUUGGUUGGGGUUUUUUUGGGGGAGGGUUUAAUGACUUAAGAAUCCAGGGAUCGAAUGCCGAUGAUCUUUGAGAGAGAGACGGAGACGUCGUCACCCUUUAAGCAAACUUUUUUCCUUUUUAACCUUUGAUAUUUUAUUGGCUAAACGUUUUUUAGGCUAAAUUCUGGGCGGUGCUCGAGUUUGUAGAAGGAAAUCAGCGGCUCUUCGGCGUAGUCGAGCGUGUAGGCGUUUCUCUGUAGUCGGGCGGGGUGACGUAGUAGUGCUGAGGAAACUCAUUCUGUUGUCAUGUAUAUAGGAAGUUGUGUAGUUGAUCUCGAGGUACCUUUUCUCUCCCCCAGCUGUAGCCUCUCGUUUGGUUGGUCGUCUGGAUGUGUGUGUGUGUGUAUAGUGUGUGUGAGCCAGACUUUAGUGUUUUAGAGGGACGAUAAGGACUUUGUUACCCCUCCCCCCCUUAUCUCUCUGUCUUUUUUCUUCUAUACGCGGUGCCGGUGCGAGCGAGCGAGAGCACACGUUGGGAUCGAGUGAUUCUGGGGUUCCUUUUUUUUUUUCUUUUCUUUUCUUUUUCCCCCCCUUUGUCUGAUUUCAUCACCACCCAAUCACCACACUGUGCUGUAUCUGAUGGAAUGAUGGGAAUCUUCCUGCUUGGGAAGGUUUUAUUUUUUUUUUUCUUCCUCAUUUGUAUUGCCACUGUAUUUGUGUAUUUUAAAUCGUGUAAAUAAAUUAAUAAGUACUUGUA